AUGGAUGAUCAUAAUACAAACAGCAACGCUCGCUCCAAUAAUGGUAACAACAACAUUCCGGUAUCUGGAUCAGGAUCUGCCUCAAGGCCUGUCUCUGAACCUGCUCCAACAACCAAUAUACCGUCAGAUUCGCACUUGAAGAAGAAGCCUAGAAGCAGAAGAAGAAGAAUUAACAAUAACAAUAACAAUAACAAGAAUAAAGAUAAGACAAAUGAGGCUCAACCUAUACAUCGUACAAACUCAGGCACCAACCCUAAUAGUACGAAGAGUGAUAGUCAAAUAGUAGAUCGCACUGCCAAACCGAAAAAUAACAGUAACAACAACAACAACAACAACAACAACAACAGAAGAAAGAAUAGGAACAGAACUAGAAAUGAAGACAAAAAAACAGAUUAUACUAUUGAUAAUAAGCCAAAAUCCACAGAUCAAGUGCAAAUUCAAACGAAUUUGAAACAAAGAAAUGAAGAAAUACAACAAUGUGAAACAUUAUUGGGUCCACACCAUUUCAAAUUAUUUAAAAAGGGGAAAUUUGUCACUUCAUAUGGUAUCACUUUCAAUAACUCAAAUAAAGUCUUGGGGAAAUCGAAUAUUAAAUUUAUUAUGAACGUUCCAUUAAAUUAUCCACAAUCUCCAAUAAAAUUAUCUCCAACAACAACAACAGCAGCAGAUAAUAAUGAUGAUGAAGUAAAAGAUUUUCAAAAUUUAAUUAAUAAUUUCAAUUAUAUGGCAAGAACAUUUUUUUUAUCAAAUAAUUUCCCCAUUAUUUCUCAAUUAAAUUUCUUAAUUCAACAACAAGACAAAUUGAUCCUACCAAAUUAUAAAGAAUUUAAUAAACUACAACAAACAUUUUAUUCAAAAUUCGUUUGA